AUGUCUCAGCAAGACCCCGACAGCCUCGUCAGGUCCGACAACCCCGACCACCCUGCAAACCUGAUCCCGUCACUCUGCGCCAAGUUCUGGACACUAGGAUGGGUCACCGGCACAGGAGGAGGAUGCUCCAUCCGGGACGAUGACCUGGUAUACAUCGCCCCGUCGGGCGUGCAGAAGGAGCUCAUGAAGCCGUCAGACAUCUACGUCCUCUCCUUGGCCGCCCAGACGGACCCCCACCUCCGCCAGCGCAGCUACCUCCGCUCCCCGCCGGCCUACAAGCCGUCGCAGUGCACGCCGCUGUUCCUCGCCGCCUUCACGCGCCGCCGGGCCGGCUGCUGCAUACACACCCACUCCCACUGGGCCGUCCUGGUCACCCUCCUGCUCGAGAGGUCGGGCUCCAGCCUCUUCGAGAUCAACAACCUCGAGCAGAUCAAGGGUUUCGGCAGGGGACCGGCCCGGCCCGGCAACCUGGGCUACCACGAUACCCUGCGCAUCCCCGUCAUCGAGAACACCCCCCACGAGGAGGACCUGACCGAGUUCCUCGAGGACGCCAUGGAGAGCUACCCGGACACCUACGCCGUCCUCGUCCGUCGCCACGGCGUCUACGUAUGGGGCGACAAUGUCCACAAGGCCAAGACGCAGUGUGAGAGUCUCGACUACCUCUUCCAACUUGCCGUCGAGAUGACCAAGCUUGGUCUCCCUUGGAUCAGCGAGGUGACUCCUGUUGGUCCCCAGCGGUAA